AGCCCAUAUGCCUGCAUCACCUAUGUGUGCAUCAUAUACUACGUUUAUAUAGCGAUUGUAGUGUUACGUCGUGACGACUGCACGAUUCUUCUCUUUCGGAUAUCGGUUAUUAAAAUUUAGUUAAGCAGAUAAACGGAUGACACAUGUUCUGUUACGCUGUUAGAUCGCGACGGUUACGCAACUAAUCUCUUCCGAGAGUCGAUUACUAGAAUUUGGCUAAGCGGAUAAUUCCUAUCAUUCUAAUUGCGGAAGAACAACAUGUGUACAGAUGUUUUCCUCAACGAAAUUAUAUAUAUAUAUAGUGCCCUUAAAGGCACGGAGCGCGCACUGCUUAUUUCCUUUUUCACGCGGUCAGAAGUUUCAGUCCGUCAGUUGUCAGUAAUUCAAUCAGUCGGUGUUAGUCGAAAUAAAUCAAUAAUUUCACCAAGUACAAGUGACCAAGUUUCCUGGCGACACCGCUUCCACCUUCAUCAUCUCGCAGAUCCCAAGUCUCCGGUAUUUCAGAGUAACAUGAAAUCUGCAUCAUCCUCUCUUUUCGAGACGGAUCAGCCAACUAUCCCUCGCCUAGGACAUCCGAGAUUUUUACACAUGCUGAAGAAACCACGAGUUGUUCCAGCAGGAGACCUUAUUAUUUGUGCAUAUCUCCUCCGUCCUAUUCCCCGAUUAAACCAUCCGAAUCUGGGUCAUCCUCAGAUUUCAGCGCAUUUUUCCCAGAGCGCCAUGACACUAAUUUCCAAUAUCCAGAUUUCCGCACCAAGAAAUCCUUGGACGAGUUCUGCGAACUCCGGACUCCUUUCCUUCCUCCCCUAGACCUCACCAUCAGAAAUCCGACCUCCUCUCCGAAACAACCACACAUAGAUAAUUAAAUAUAGAUUUAAAUAGAUUAACAACGUAGAAUAAAAAUAUC